AUGGCCACACCUGAUAAGGAAAAGAAGGUCUCAACAAGCACAGAGGACCCAGCUCAGAAGGAGAGCGGCAACGAUGAGCCUGAAGAACUGAGGUUUGCUCCCGAGGAAGAAGCAGCCCUCCUCCAAGAAUCCCACGCCAUCAAAGCCGACGCAAACGCCCUCUUCGCCGCCAAAGACUACCACAACGCCCUAUCACGAUACAACGACGCCAUCGCCUCAUGUCCAACCUACCGCCACUACGAGCGCGCCGUCCUGCAAAGCAACAUUGCCGCCUGCCACUUGCAAACGGAGCAAUGGAAGGAUGCCACCAAGGCUGCCUCGGACGCACUCGACAGCCUGGCGAAGCUGGAGAGCGAACUCAGUCCAAAAGACUGCAAAGUCGAUAAUACCACAGACGACACUUCAAACAAGCAUGACACUACUACCCCAAGGAACACCAAGGACGGCGAAGAAGACGUAGAGGAAGAAAUCAUCAGCUCCGGCGCAGCCCGCUCCGCACCUCCAGCACCUCCCUCUCCAACCCCAGAAGAAACCGCCCGCGAAGCCCGCAAGGCAGACAUCCUCCGCAUCCGCACAAAGGCCCUCCUCCGCCGCGCCCGCGCCCGCUCCGAGGAAGGCGGCUGGUCGAACCUCGCCGGCGCCGAGGAAGACUACCGCGCUCUCUCGCAGAUGCCCGGCCUGACGCCCGCGGACCAGCGCACCGUCCGGGCGCAGCUCAAGGCGCUGCCGCCGCGGACAAAAGCCGCUCAGGAGGCUGAGAUGUCAGAGAUGUGGGGAAAGUUGAAGAAUCUAGGAGAUGGUAUUCUGAAGCCCUUUGGGCUGAGUACGGAUAAUUUCAAAAUGGUCAAAGAUGAGAAGACAGGAGGGUAUAGCAUGAAUUUUUCGCAGGGAGGCUCGUCAUCAUGA